GGAGACAGGUGAGACGCAGGUGAAGGAGAAAGUCCAGUCUCCUCCAUUAGAAGAGCACAGAAGUCCGGAUUCACUCGGGGUCGGUGUCGGCAGUGUUCAGCUGUGUGUAAAUGAAGAAGAGUAAAUGAUGGAUCUUCAGAACUCCAGCAGUGGAGGAGGACCUCCUGUCCUAAAGAGGAAGAGAGCAGCAUCUCCAGCCCCCAGUGGAGUGUCUAUGAAGAGUGAUUGGUCCAUGCAUCAUCCUCCAAUGUUCAGCAGUGGAGGAGGACCUCCUGUCCUAAAGGAAAAGAGAGCAGCAUCUCCAGCCCCCAGUGGAGUGUCUAUGAAGAGUGACGGGUCCAUGAUUCAUCCUCCAAACUUCAGCAGUGGAGGAGGAAGCUCUGGGUCUCGAACUGAAACCCAGAGAGGAGCUUCUCCAGAACCCAGCUGUGUUUCUAUGAAGAGUGACGUGUCCAUCAUUAUUCCUCCUUAUUUCAGCAGUGAAGAUAUGACCUCUGACCCACAUGAGAAGAAAAAAAACUUUUCCAGAAAAGAACUGGACCACAUAUUCAAGAAGCUGCAGGAGAUGUUUUUCUCUCUAGUAAAGAACGAGCUGAACACAUUCAAGAAUCUCCUAAAUCCAGAUUACCCAGCAUGCUCUGAGGGAGAGGUGGAGGAUGAUCAGAAGGAGGGGGUGCUGAAGGUCACACUGCACAUCCUGAGGAACAUGAAUCAGACAGACCUCGCCAACACACUAGAGAUCAAAUUGACCCCAGCAUGCCAACGAAAGCUCAAAUCCAAGCUGAGAGAUAAAUAUCAGAUACUUAAUGAAGGAAUCUCAGGCCAUGUAAAGUCAGCACUUCUGAAUGAGAUCUACACAGAGCUCUACAUCACAGAGGGAGAUGGAGGAGAUGUCAAUCAGGAACAUGAGGUGAAACAGAUUGAAGCUUCAUCCAGGAAAAAAACAACACAGGAAAAACCUAUCAAAUGCAACGACAUCUUUAAACCAUUACCAGAACAGAAACGACCCAUCAGAACUGUACUGACUAAAGGAGUGGCUGGAAUAGGAAAAACAGUCUCUGUGCAGAAGUUCAUUCUGGACUGGUCUGAAGGAGAAGUAAAUCAGGACAUUCUCUUCAUAUUUCCACUUCCUUUUAGAGAGCUGAAUCUGAUGAAGGAGAAGAAGCUCAGUCUUGUGAAUCUUCUUCAGAGCUUUUUCCCAGAAACACAAGAUUUAAAACCAAGACAUUAUAAGGGCUACAAGGUCAUGUUCAUUUUUGAUGGACUGGAUGAGUGUCGACUGCCUCUAGAUUUCCAGAACAAUGAGAACUUGGUGAAUAUAGAAGAGCAAACCUCAGUGGAUGUUCUGCUGACGAACCUCAUCAAGGGGAAUCUGCUUCCCUCUGCUCUCCUCUGGAUCACCUCUCGACCAGCAGCGGCCAAUCAGAUCCCUCCUGAGUGUUUUGACCAGGUAACAGAAGUGCGGGGUUUCAGUGACCCUCAGAAACAGGAGUACUUCAGUAAGAGGAUCAGAGAUAAGGACCUGGCCAAUAAAGUCUUCACACACAUCAGAUCUUCAAGAAGCCUCUACAUCAUGUGCCACAUACCGGUCUUCUGCUGGAUUACAGCCACUGUUCUAGAGAGAAUGCUGAGUGAAGCUGAGAGUGCAGAAAUUCCCAAAACCCUGACGCAGAUGUUCACACACUUCCUGAUCUUUCAGAUCAAACACAAGAGCCAGAAGUACAGUGGGAAAAGUGACAUUGAUCCUCAGCAAAUUAGAACAAGUAUCCUGGCUCUGGGGAAACUGGCAUUCCAGCAGCUGGAGAAAGGAAACCUGAUCUUCUAUGAGGAAGAUCUAAGAGAGAGUGGCAUCGACAUUAAAGAAGUGUCGGUGUACUCAGGAGUGUGUACCCAGAUCUUCAGGGAGGAACAUGAGCUGCACCUGGGGAAGGUCUUCAGCUUUGUACAUCUGAGCGUUCAGGAGUUUCUUGCUGCUUUAUAUGCAUUUCUCUGCUUCAUUGACAGAAGCUUUUUGAAUCAGCAAAUCCCUGAAAACCAAAGCACUGAACUAUCUGCAAUCUUCAGCAAGUCAACGAUUACUAAAUUCCUCAGCAGUGCCAUAGACAGUGCCUUACAGAGUGAGAGUGGACACCUGGACUUGUUUCUUCGUUUCCUCCUGGGUCUCUCACUGAAGUCUAAUCAGACUCUAUUACGAGUCGUACUGACACAGACAGAGAGGAUCUCUCACAGCAAUGAGGAAACCAUCAAAUACAUCAAGAAGAAGAUUGAGGAGAACUCAUCUCCAGAGAAAUCCAUCAAUCUGUUCCACUGUCUGAAUGAACUGAAUGAUCAUUCUCUAGUGCAGGAAGUGCAGAAAUACCUGAGUGGAGGUGGUGAGCGUCGUCUUCAACAGGCCAGGCUCUCUCCUGCUCAGUGGUCAGCUCUGGCGUUUGUGUUGGUGAACUCAGAAGAAGAGCUGGAGGAGUUUAACCUCAGUAAAUAUCAUCCAUCAGAGGAGUGUCUUCUGAGACUGCUGCCAGUAGUUAAAAUAUCCAGAAGAGCUGUACUAGCUUCAUGUAAUCUUGGAGUAAAGACGUGUGAAAAUCUGGAAUCAGUUUUAUACCUGGAAAACUCCUCCCUGAAAGAGCUGGACCUCAGUAACAACGACCUGCAGGAUUCAGGAGUGGAGCUGCUCUCUGCUGGACUGAAGAGUUCACAAUGUAAACUGCAGAUUCUCAGAUUAGCUUCAUGUAAUCUUGAAGUAAAGACGUGUGAAAAUCUGGAAUCAGUUUUAAACCUGGAAAACUCCUCCCUGAAAGAGCUGGACCUCAGUAACAACGACCUGCAGGAUUCAGGAGUGGGGCUGCUCUCUGCUGGACUGAAGAGUGCACACUGUAAACUGCAGAUUCUCAGACUAGCUUCAUGUAAUCUUGGAGUAAAGACGUGUGAAAAUCUGGAAUCAGUUAUAUACCUGGAAAACUCCUCCCUGAAAGAGCUGGACCUCAGUAACAACGACCUGCAGGAUUCAGGAGUGGAGCUGCUCUCUGCUGGACUGAAGAGUUCACAAUGUAAACUGCAGAUUCUCAGAUUAGCUUUGUGUAAUAUAGGAGUAAAGACGUGUGAAAAUCUGGAAUCAGUUUUAAACCUGGAAAACUCCUCCCUGAAAGAGCUGGACCUCAGUAACAAUGACCUGCAGGAUUCAGGAGUGGAGCUGCUCUCUGCUGGACUGAAGAGUUCACAAUGUAAACUGCAGAUUCUCAGACUAGCUUCAUGUGAUCUUGGAGUAAAGACAUGUGAAAAUCUGGAAUCAGUUUUAAACCUGGAAAACUCCUCACUGAAAGAGCUGUACCUCAGUAACAACAACCUGCAGGAUUCAGGAGUGGAGCUGCUCUCUGCUGGACUGAAGAGUUCACACUGUAAAUUACAGAUUCUCAGAUUAGCUUUGUGUAAUUUAGGAAGAAAGACGUGUGAAAAUCUGGAAUCAGUUUUAAACCUGAAAAACUCCUCCCUGAAAGAGAUGGACCUCAGUAACAACGACCUGCAGGAUUCAGGAGUGGAGCUGCUCUCUGCUGGACUGAAGAGUUCACAAUGUAAACUGCAGAUUCUCAGACUAGCUUCAUGUAAUCUUGGAGUAAAGACGUGUGAAAAUCUGGAAUCAGUUUUAAACCUGGAAAACUCCUCCCUGAAAGAGCUGGACCUCAGUAACAACGACCUGCAGGAUUCAGGAGUGGAGCUGCUCUCUGCUGGACUGAAGAAUUCACAAUGUAAACUGCAGAUUCUCAGACUAGCUUCAUGUAAUCUUGGAGUAAAGACGUGUGAAAAUCUGGAAUCAGUUUUAAACCUGGAAAACUCCUCCCUGAAAGAGCUGGACCUCAGUAACAACGACCUGCAGGAUUCAGGAGUGGAGCUGCUCUCUGCUGGACUGAAGAGUUCACAAUGUAAACUGCAGAUUUUCAGAUUAUCUGGUUGUAUGAUCACAGAUAAAGGCUGUUGUUCUCUGGCUUCAGCUCUAAUUUUAAACCCCUCCCACUUGAAAGAGCUGGAUCUGACCUACAACCACCCAGGUGACUCAGGAGUGAAGCUGCUUUCUGACAGACUGGAGGAUCCACACUGCAAACUGGAGAAACUCGGAGUGGAACAUGGAGGGAAGAUCAGAAUCAAACCUGGGUUAAAAAAAUACGGCUGUGAUUUCACUCUGGAUCUGAACACAGUGCAGCGUCGUCUCUCUCUGAGUGAGGAGAACAGGAGGGUGGAGUGUAGAGUGGAGCUGCAGUCGUAUCCUGAUCAUCCAGAGAGAUUUGAUUGGUAUCCGCAGGUUCUGAGUAGAGAGAGUGUUACUGGUGUUACUGGACGCUGUUACUGGGAGGCUGAGUGGAGCGGAGGAGGAGGAGCUGCUGUAGCUCUGAGUUAUAAAACCAUCAGCAGGAAAGGAAGAGGAUCAGACUGUGGGUUUGGAGGGAAUGUAAACUCCUGGAGUCUGAUCUGCUCUGAUAACAGUUACUCUGUUCAUCACAAUAAUAACAGAACUGAUCUCUCCACUCCUCCCUCCGGCUGUAGGAGAGUAGGAGUGUAUGUGGACUGUCCCUCCGGCACUCUGUCCUUCUACAGAGUCUCCUCUGAUACACACUCACCCUCACACACUUACACUCUCACACACUUACACACAUUCUACACCACCUUCACUCAGCCCCUCUAUGCAGGGUUUAGGGUUUAUGGUUCUGGCUCCUUAGUGCAUCUGUGUAAGAUAGAAUAACCCUGUGUGUAACAGAGAUUCGAUGUGUGUGUGUGUGUGUGUGUAGGAGGAAAAAUUGUUUGUAUAAAUAUAAGUAUGCAAAUAUUUUAUAUAGAUGAUUUUGUAAUUUUUUUCCAGAACCUUUAUUUUAAUUACUGUUAUCUUUAUUCACUACUGUUAUUAUUGUUAAUUACUGUUUUAUUUUAUUGUAAAAUAGGUUCAUUUUAAUAAAGCUAAAUAAAUGAAGAAAGGUGAA